AUGUUUUUGUAUGGGGGGAUAGAGGAGGGAGAGGAGGGAGAGGAGGGAGAGGAGGGAGAGGAGGGAGAGGAGGGAGAGGAGGGAGAGGAGGGAGAGGAGGGAGAGGAGGGAGAGGUGAAUGUAUUAUUUUGUGUUAUAUUUUAUUUCAGUGGAAAGGGAAUUAUUGGGAUGGCGCUUUUGGUGAGGGAAAGGGGAGAAGGGGGGAAGAGAAAGAAAAAGAAAGCGGGAAAAGAAAGUUGGAGGAUGGGAGCAUGA